GCGAGGCUAUCAGGGGCUCAGAAAAACAGCACCCUCUGUCACUGACCUCCGACGGGCUUCAAAGACACCGCCAGGCGGGCAUCGCGCGCCUCAAUCCCCCAUGUAGAGCUGCCAACUGCCAUGGCCACUGUCGAGGGCUGCCACUGUCGGGGGGCCGCCGGUGGCCGGAACAACAGCAGCAUCCUGUACAGCAUUCUGAAGAGUGACAGCCUGCUGUCGAGCGACGAGCACCCGCAGCAGCACGCGCUGCAUCACCUCGUGCACAAGACCACCACCACCUCGUCGUCUACCUCCACAAGCUCUUCUUCUUCUUCCGCCCCGACUGCGCUGCUCGAGCUCCGGCAACAGGCUUGCUCGUGCAACUCCACGCGGCGUCGCGGGAUUCUUCGCGCCCCGCAGGUCACUUGCAAAGCGGCGUCCGCGGUGCUCGUGAAGACGAUACGCUUCGUGAAAAACGUGCCGUGUUUUCGCGAGUUACCGGAGGACGACCAGCUGGUGCUCGUGCGGAGCGGGUGGGCCGCGCUGCUCGUCUUGGGGCUCGCGCACGACCGGGUCGAUUUCGAGACGACGGAGACGGUGGAGCCCAGCAUGCUGCAGCGCAUCCUCACCGGGUUACCGGACAGGCAGAGCGAGGUGGCGCCGGCCGAGCCGAGCAGGGGUGUCGCGGCCGGGGUCUGCCUAGUGGACAUCCAGGCUAUCAAAGCGUUCCUGAAGAAGUGCUGGACUCUGGAUAUCAGCACUAAGGAGUACGCGUACCUGAAAGGAGCCGUUCUCUUCAACCCUGACGUGCUGGGCUUGCGCUGUCUGCACUACAUACAGUCGCUGCGGCGGGAGUCGCACCAGGCGCUCAACGAGCACGUGAAGCUCAUCCACCGGGAGGACAGCACGCGCUUCGCGAAGCUGCUGAUCGCGCUGUCCAUGCUGCGCGCAAUCAGCCCCCCGGUGGUGGCGCAGCUCUUCUUCAAGCCCGUGAUCGGCGCCGUCAACAUGGAAGAGGUGCUGCUCGAGAUGUUCUACGGGAAGUAGCCCGGAAGAAGGGCGUGCGCGCGGACCAAAGGGCGGGAAAGAGGGGAGAGAGUGUGUGUGUGUGUGUGUGUGUGUGUGUGUGUGUGUGUGUGUGUGUGUGUGUGUGUGUGUGUGUGUGUGUGUGUGUGUGUG